CCCUGCGCCGCCUCACUGCCCUGCGUGCCGGGGCCCGGGCGCAGAGCCGCACUGCAGACUGGGCUGGACACGGCAGCAGCAAUGCUGCAGUGCUGAGCACGGCUGAUAUAAGAUGGGGUGUCCCAGGGGCUGGCCGGGGGCUGCCCUUGCCCUCCUGCUGCUGCUGCUGCUCAGCCUCCUGGCGCUCUGCUUGGCAGCACUGGAGGAACUGGACCCCACCACUGACGGGCAGCCGCGAACAGCGUGCACCCUGCAGGAAGGGGAGAGUCGCAUCUUCACCUGCUGGGUUCCCCGGCGAGUCCCCGGUGCCACACUGGCCUGGUACCUCAACGGUCAGAAACAGGAAAUCGACCUCUCGACUGCGGACACUGCCAGCAUCCUCACCCUCACUGGCCAGCACUCCGACCACCAGCUCAACUGCUCCCUGACCAACCCGACCUCCAGUGAGACCUACAACACCUCCAUCUUUCUCAAUGUGCAGUAUAAGCCAGAGAUCCUGCGGGAAGGCUACCAGCAGGUCGAGGGCGCUGGCCUUCUCCUGGUGCUCUUUGUGCUGGUGCAAGCCAACCCACCCUCCAGUAUCACCUGGGUGAACCAGGAUGGGCAUGUGAUGGCCAACACCUCCAAGUUUCUCCUCCUGGGUGCCACAAGCUACCCAGGGCUGGCCAACCACUCGCUCCACAUCCAUCUCAGCUGCACAGCUGGAAACCUCUCCGUCAGUGCAGCCAAUAGUGUGGGCAUCACCACUGCCUCCCUCCUGCCCACAGGUCCAGGGCAAGCAGGAGGGAGCAGCCCCCCCAGCCAAUGCUCCCAUUGCAGCAGCUCUGAGCCAGCACAGUCCCAGGGCACACGUCUGCCCCGCCAGACCCAGUCCCUGCCACCCGACCUGCGCCUGGACGACCUUGUACAGGAAGAUGCAGCUUCCCCCAAGGAUGCAGGAGCUGGUUCUAGGGGAGAAGAGAAUGCCCUGCUGGGACUAGAAAACUCCCUGGUCCUCAACAAGCUUGGUUUUGUCCAGCUCCCAACGUCCGGGCGCAUCUACAAAGUGCCCAGCAUGAGCAGUGAGGAGAUCUGGCUGUGAGCUGCAGUGUGGUGCCAGUGAGCCAGGGCUUCCUGGCACCAGGUACGUACCAGCCCUGGAGCUGAGCAGCUGGGGGUGCCAGGAAGGCCGUGAUGGGAAGCAGGAGCUGACCAGCCCAGCUCUGUGCUCUGCUAUGCGAUGCAGGGCUUGGGAGCUGCCCUGUCAGCCAAGGCACGGUUUUAUGUAGUCCAUGAACUUUACCAGUAUUUUGUUACAAUCAAAAUGUAUCAAAGCUGUUUAUAGCCAGGCUCUAGCACGUCGAUUCCUCCUGGGGUAAAGUCAAGCACCAGUUUUGCUUUAGCAGGUUUGUGACUUGCUGCAUGAUCCUCUUUGCCCCUGACCCUGCUGCUGUGGCAGACGGGUGGGAGGUCAGCAGAGCAGGGGCUGGGAAGAGCUGUCCCAAGAGCAAUAAACUCAAUUCAAGCAUCUGUGUGGUGCUGCACAGGUUAUUUCCACUUGACAGGAGCUAAGGGACUGUUCUCAACAGGAAAGGGGGUUCAAUAAUACAGAACAGAGAUUCUAGAUUUCCAGGUCAGAGCGUGCAACACCCUGAACAGAUCUGAGUGUUG